CCACCUGACGCCGUCUUCUUAUUCUCAUAAUCCUAAUUUGAAUUGAACUAGUCAUUUUUCAUUCUUCUUCUCCACCACUUCAAAAUCCAUAAAUACCAGACCUUCAAACCCUAGAAACUGUUUUCCUCCUCAAUCAAACCAUGCCGACUCUCACCGUCCAGGUCUACAGCUUCUACUACAAGAACCGCCUCAAACGACUACUACACAGGUUAUCAUCGUCUCAAUCCACUGGCUCCGGCUCCGAUUCCGGAUAUGACCCGUUUGGAAUUACAUCCAGACCCGGGGACUCUAUUGUACAGGCUAAUCCCUCAUUCCAAAACGGCGUCGCUACUAAAGACAUCCAUGUUGAUCCCUUAUCUUCUCUUUCUCUUCGAAUCUUCCUCCCCGAUUCCGUCCUAGGGGUUUCUGAUUCUUCUAUUGGUGAUAAGAGUCGGAGCAGCCGUGAUGAUGGUGUUGCUUACGGUGGUUAUUCUCCUCCGUCGACAUCGGAUAGUCGGUGCCGGAAACUUCCUGUGAUGUUGCAAUUUCACGGUGGGGGGUUUGUUAGUGGGAGCAACGCGUCGCCGGAGAAUGACGCGUUUUGUCGGCGGAUGGCGAAACUCUGUGAUGUGAUUGUUGUGGCUGUGGGGUAUAGGUUAGCGCCGGAGAGUCGGUUCCCGGCGGCUUUUGAGGAUGGGCUUAAGGUUUUGAAUUGGCUUGGGAAACAGGCGAACUUGGCUUCUCUUCGUAAUGUGAGACACGUCCGUGCUAAUCGUCGAAUUUUUGAUAGCUUUGGGGAGUCUUUGGCGGAGCCUUGGUUGGCUGCUCACGGUGAUCCAUCCAGAUGUGUAUUACUUGGGGUGAACUCUGGUGCAAACAUAGCAGACUACGUAGCUCGGAAAGCUGUCACGGCUGGGAAGCUUUUGAAUCCCAUUAAGGUGGUAGCACAAGUCCUAAUGUACCCAUUCUUCACUGGAAAUGUUCCCACAAAGUCAGAGAUCAAAUUUUCAAAUUCUUAUUUCUACGACAAGGCUAUGUGUUCUAUGGCAUGGAAGCUGUUUUUACCCGAGAAAGAGUUCGAUCUCGACCACCCUGCAGCCAACCCCUUAGUUUCCGGGAGAGAGUUGGAUCUGAAACGCAUGACCCCAACCCUCACAGUGGUUGCCGAGCAUGAUUUGAUGCGUGAUCGGGCCACUGCUUAUUCAGAGGAGCUGCGGAGAGCUAAUGUGGAUGCGCCGGUACUUGAGUACAAGGACGCUGUGCAUGAUUUUGCCACUCUUGAAGUGCUCCUUCACACUCCUCAGGCCUUGGCUUGUGCUGAUGAUAUUGCUAUUUGGAUCAAAAAGUAUAUUUCACUUAGAGGCCAUGAGUUUUCUUAUUGAUAUUAUUAUUUUAUUGGGAGCGGGAGGAAUUUACAGUGAGGAUUGAAGAAGCAUGUUUGCGGAGAUUAAGCGUUAGGAGGGGACAGUUUUGUGGAUAUAGCAUGUUCCUUCGAUUUGGCUAUUUUUUAUUAGUUUUUUUUUUCUUCUUCGUGUAUAGCUUAGUGCUUGUCUAUGUAUAGGACCCUUUGUAAAUGAACUAUCCAGCCUAUCUAUUCUUUCAUUUUUCUUUCUUUUAUGAUAGAUUAUAAUCAUAUUUAUACAGUUUGACAAUUAUUUCGGCUCCGAAAUAUAUUGUAUUCUAUGCAUCUUGCAAAAUAAGAAUAUUAAAAUGUAAAGAAUCUUAUCUA